AGCUAACACUCUCCCUCCAUUUGCAACCAUGGACGACCCGUAUCAGAACAAUGUCAACCAGCAGGGGACUGACAUCGGCGGAGAGAACCAGUACCCCACAUACGGCGAGGGGGGAGGGCAGGAGGGCAGUGGCUAUCCCUACCAGACAGACUACCCUCCACAGGAGGAGGACGCUGCCAGCGAUGCCACCGAGGGCCACGAUGAGGGCCAAGAGGAGCCGAUGUACGAAGGAGAGUACCAGGGUAUCCCCCACCCGGAUGAGAUCAAGGAGGCCCGGCGGGCAGCAAGGGCCGAGGCCAGGAAGAAGGCCCGCAUGGCGGCUGAGGGCGACGAUGAGGAGGACCUCCCGGAGCAGUAUGAGAAUAUCAUGGAGGACUGUGGGCACGGCCGGUUCCAGUGGACCCUGUUCGCCGUGCUGGGCAUGGCGCUGAUGGCUGAUGGCGUGGAUGGCUUUGUGGUGGGCUUUGUCCUGCCCAGUGCAGAGAAGGAUAUGUGCAUAACGAACGCCAACAAGGGCAUGCUGGGUUUGCUUGUGUACGUAGGGAUGAUGGUGGGGGCCUUUGUGUGGGGCGGCCUGUCGGACAAGAUGGGACGCAGAAAGUGUCUGAUCUACGUCCUGACGAUAGAUGUGGUCUUCUCCUUCCUGUCCUGCUUUGCCCAAGGCUACGGUUCCUUCCUCUUCUUCAGGUUCUGGUCUGGCUUUGGGAUUGGAGGCUCCAUCCCCAUCGUGUACACCUACUACUCUGAGUUCCUGCAGAUGGACAAGCGUGGGGAGCACCUGAGCUGGCUCUGCAUGUUCUGGAUGCUGGGGGGGCUGUAUGCCUCCUUCACCGCAUGGGGCAUCAUCCCCCACUAUGGCUGGGGCUUCAGCAUGGGGAGUGAGUUCCAGGUCCACACCUGGCGGGUGUUUAUCCUGGUGUGCAUAUUCCCUGCCCUGGCGGCGCUUGUCGGGCUCAUUUUCAUGCCAGAGAGCCCUCGCUUCCUCCUUGAGAGCGCCAGACACGACGAGGCCUGGAUGAUCCUCAGGCAGGUCCACGACACCAACUGGAAGGCCAAGGGAGAGCCUGAGAGGGUGUUCACAGUAGCCACUAUUAAGACUCCUCAGACCCAGGAGGACGAGUUCAUAGAGAUCCAAAGUGACACCGGCACUGCCUUCCAGCGCUGGACUGUCCGGCACACGACCAUGCUCAAACAGGUCAUGCAGAAUAUGAUGUCACUCGCAGCACCAGAACUGCGACUGCAGGGAUUAUUCUUGGCCAUUGUCUGGUUCACCCUGGCCUUCAGCUACCAUGGCCUAUCUGUGUGGUUCCCUGACAUGAUCAAGUACAUGCAGUACGAAGAAUAUGAGUCCAAGGUCAAGCUCUUCCACAGAGAACGAGUGGAACGAUUCCACUUCAACUUCUCGCUGGUCAACCAGAUCCACAAAGAAGGAGAAUACAUCCAUGACAGGUUCAUGAACAUAGAAAUCAAGUCUGUGAAAUUUGAGGAUUCUCUAUUUGAAAAUUGCAUCUUUGAAGACAUCAAGUCAACUAAUACUUAUUUUGAGAACUGCACCAUAAAAAACACCAUGUUCUACAACACAGAUCUUUGGCAAGAGAAGUUUAAAGACUGUCGACUGGAGAACACAACAUUCCUUCAUCCGAAGAAAGGCUGCCAUCUGAAUUUUCAGGAGGAGAACGAUAUUGUCGUUUACAUGGUCAGCUUCCUGGGUAGCCUGGCAGUGUUGCCUGGCAACAUCAUAUCUGCCCUCUUCAUGGACAAGAUAGGAAGGAUAAAAAUUAUAGGGUUCUCUAUGCUAGCAUCCUCUGGAUGCUCCUUCCUCCUGUUGUUAAGCUUCAGCCCGGGGGCCGUUAUAUGUUGGCAGUGCCUCUUCUAUGGAACCAGUGUGGCAGCUUGGAAUGGCCUGGAGGUCAUCUCAGUUGAGCUCUACCCCUCAGCUAAAAGAGGGACAGCAUUCGGUGUCCUGAAUGCUCUAUGCAAAUUUGCCGCCAUCAUGGGCAGUUUCAUCUUUGCCUCCUUCAUUGGCAUCACCAAGAUCAUCCCCAUCUUCCUGGCUUUUGCCGCCCUGGUCUGCGGCGGCCUCCUGGCUCUCAAGCUACCCGAGACUCGGGAGAAAAUCCUCUCUUGAAAAGCCAAAACUUCCAAAGCCUACUGAGCCAAAACAAGCGCUUUGUAAAUAUAGUUUAACUGUGAUCCAGUUGGGAGAAAGACAUGAUCCUCGUAAAAGAGGAUGAGUAUUGCAUGGAAUUUCUGUUUGGUACACCUCCCCACUCCAUACCCCCAAAAUGUCCUUCCACCUGUGGGUUCAUACAUUCUUUGUUCAGCCUAAAACCUUGUCCAACAACAUGGAGAACAUGUUCACCCUUUAUUUGGUAUGUCCUCUGCAUGUGGAAUUAAAUUUAAGGAAUAUAAGGUGACAUGAUCUUUAUCAUACUUGAAGAGCAUUAGAGACAGUUUUACCAUGUUGUGCUUUGAUUAAAACUGCAUUGUUUUCUGAAGACUGUUUGGAGGAUCUGGAAAUGACAAAGGUUUCAAUGUUUUACAACUUUAUAGCAUUCUGAACCAAUUUUCAAGUUAUCUGUUUUUCCAUUGAAUCAACGUUUGUUUGGUAGUUUAAUUACGUAAGACGUUUCUGUGCUAUGUUCUGUCAUCUAUUUAGGUGUUUGAAUUUCCACAUUAAUUCUAUUUUUCUAGAGACCAAUUGUCUGUUCUCAGCUUGUCAUGUCACUGAAAGUCAAUCACUUCUGCUCAUCAGUAUCAGCUCAACACUUUUUAUGUUCCUAUUUAAUACAUUUUGAACAUUGAUAGCACAAAUAAAAUGUAAAUCAUAGGCUUGAAUACAUCUGUAGAUGUAUCAAUAUCUGUUGUCUUGUUUUGAUUCUAUACCAUAGAAUCAGUUAUGUAACUGUAGAGCUGUGUAUUAGAUGUUGAUUUGUUUAAUCAGUCUUUUCUGUCAAACCUUGCCAUGAUAAGGAAUUGUAUUGUUUUUUCUAAACUAAUUUCAAACUGUGAUUUUAGACAUUUUGAUAUCAUGAUCUAUUUUUAAAGCUAAUUUAACUGAAUUGCUGCAUUUACAACAACAUGUAUCAAGAUUUCUAAGGAACACAUGACUUGAUUGAACUGUGUGUGUGUGUGAGUGGUUAAAAUCCCCCAGAAAGGUUUUAUUUACUCUAUAUUUUAGUUUUACUACCAAAGUUGUAAUUGUUGUUGUACAUAGACCCGUGUAUAUUAGUUAACAUGCUGCAACAUCCUCUUGUGUGUAUAAUAUUGUACAUGUCAAAGGCACACUUCUCACAGCAAUCUUUAUUUCUUUAUUUCUAUAGCUAACAGUUGCCACCCAAUGUGGACCUUUUAUGUGGCUGUAUUCUUGGGAGUUAGCCUUACCCCUGACAUAUACCUGACAAGCAGGACAUAACCUCAAAGCACCACUUAUCUGUAAACACAAUCUGAUUUAAAGGAAACACAAAUGAAGGGUCAGCGUUUUGAUUUUAGUGGACCUAGAGUUAUGGAGUC